AUGGAGGAGAGAGAGGCGGACGGCGCGGCGGUUUCCAGGUUGGAUGCGGGGCGCGACGGCGAGGAUGGCGGAGCGGUGGGGAGAGCCGCGGAAGGGAGAAGUGCGGAGGAUGGUGGUUCCGCGCGAGGUGCCGUGGAUGCGGAUGAUGGCGUCGCCGCCGCCGCCGCUGCCGCCGACGACGACGACGACGGCGGCGACGACGACGACGAGAUUCCGGACGCCGUGCCGCUCCCCGGGUUUGACGCGGACGUGACGGGGAGCAGAGAAGCGGAGGCGGAGGGGGAGGCGGAGAAGGGCGCUGCCGCGGGGCUGGACGGCGCAAGGCGACGAGAGGAGGAAGGGGAAGGAGAACCGAGGGUGGCAUCGCAGGCUGGCGGCGUGGAGGAUCCCGCGGGGAGCAGCGCGCGCGAUGCGGUGCCGAUUACGAUCAUCACGGGGUUUCUGGGAGCCGGCAAGACCACCCUAGUGAACCACAUCCUGUCGCAGAAGCACGGGCUGCGCAUCGCCGUGAUCCUCAACGACUUCGGCGACCGCCUGGGCAUCGAGAAGGCGCUCGUGCACCCCAGCCGUGCGCAGGGGGGGGAGCGCCAGGGGACAGCAGCUCGAGAUUCCGCCAACGCUGCUGCUGCUGCUGCUGGUGGCGGUGGUGGUGGUGGUGCAGAAGGCGAGGGGGAUGGGGAGGAGCAGUUGAGCGCGUUGGCGGAGGUGCCGGUGGUGGAGGAGUGGGUGGAGGUGGGCAACGGGUGCAUCUGCUGCAGCGUCAAGCACUCCUUCGUGCUCGCGCUUGAACAGCUGCUCACCCGCCGAGAUAGGUUUGACUACGUGUUAUUGGAGACCACGGGGUUGGCGGAUCCAGCGCCCAUAGUCGCCAUGCUGUGGAUGGACGAUGCGCUUGAAGCCUCCAUCCGCCUCGACGCCCUCAUCACUCUAGUGGACGCGCGCAACUUCCAGCGCUGCCUGUCCCCCCCCGCCCACAAUCACUCCAACAACCCUCCUGCGGCCCAAACGCACCCGGCUAGCUCGCAGGAGCGGGUGGGGGAGCGGGAGGGGGAUGCAGGCGAGGAGCCGGGGCUGGGUGGGGAGCAACAGUCAGUGGGGGCGCAUGGGGCGGAGGAGAGGGCGGAGGAGCAGGGGGUGGAGGAUGUUCUGCUGCAGCAAAUCGCGUAUGCUGACGUGGUGAUAGUGAACAAGCUCGACCUGCUGCCCGCAGCCACGCACUCCCAGGCGAGCCCAGACGAUGCAGCAGGCACUGAGGGAGACACGGGGAGGGAGACGGCUGCGAGGGGGGCAGCAGCGAGGGAGGUGGUGGAGGCAGUGCGGGGCAUCAAUGCGGGAGCAGAGGUGGUGACGGCAGUGCGCUCACAGGUGGACGUGCGUGCUCUGCUCAACCGCGGCCUCUACAGCGCUCAGAGAGGCCACGACAUCCUCCAAGCAAUGAAGCACCACAUACCUGCAACACCACCACCAGCGGCGCCACCAGCAGAAGCAUCCCCAGGGGCACACGCAGCACAGCAGCCCCACAGUCAUGAGCACACGGCCCCGGCCGUGCCUCGCACCCACGCCUCCAUCUCCACCUUCUCCUUCACCUGCUCGGGCGCUGUCCACCUGCACAAGGUGGAUGAGUGGUUGGGCGCGGUGCUAUGGGAGGGGGCGUCACAGUACGGGGACAUCUACCGCAUGAAGGGUGCCAUGCACGUCCAUGGGAGCCCCCUCGUGCACGUCUUCCAGGCGGUGCGGGAGCUGUAUGAGGUGCUGCCAGCGCUGCCAUGGCCUGCCGGGGAGGACCGCCUCAACCGAGUCCUCGUUGUCGGGAAGUCCCUCAACACAUCAGCACUGGAACAAGGCUUUAAGGCAUGUAUUGCUUUGUGA